AUGGUCAAAGACGACAACACCGUUAUCAGCGAGUUCAAUGAGCUCGUGAACAUGACGCCCAAAGAACUCCGUGACUGGCUCAAGGAAGAAUCCUCCCAAGAGUCUGGCUGGGGCGGCGAAUCAGGCGAGACUGUCGGCCACGAGAGCGGUCGAAAGAUCGUGAAGAUUUUAGAGAACAACCCGGAUCGAGACCCUUCGGGAUACGAUAAAUCUGAUCUGGAACACAUGCGCAAGGUGGUCGCAUACUGCAAGCGGCAUCUUGCCCAAGAAGAGAAGGCCAAGAAGAAUCCUGACAGCAAGAGCUACAAGUCGCUCAAGAACUGGGGGCAUGACCCAUUGAAAGCCUAA